AUGUACUAUUACCCGCCAGGAGGACCACCUCCGCCUCAAGGGCCUCCCCCGUGGGGUUAUCAGCAACCUCCUCCCGGUCAGUGGGCCCCGCAUGGAGGUCAGCCUCAGCCCUAUGGCCAAUAUGGACCGCCGCAACACCACGGUCAUCAUCAUCCUCAAGGGCCUCCUCCAGGACCCCCGCCCCAAUCCUCGGGAUCCUAUGGUUACUCGCCGCAGCCUCCGCCAAGACCUUACAGCAAUUCCCCGCAACCCCCGCCACGUCCCUACAGUCAUUCGCCGCAGCCGUCGCAAGGGUCCUAUGGAUAUCAGGCGCCCUCCCCUCGACCAACGUCACAACCUUAUGGCUAUCAACCUUCACCGCAACCUUAUCAAACCCAUCAGCACCAUCUAAGUGCUGCCCGAAAUGAACCUGGCCGACCCUCAUCACCGAAUGUGGCCCCCACGCCACCCCAAAAUCUCCAACACUUCGGGUCAGGCGCGCCAUCUAAUUAUCAGUUCCAGUACUCGGCCUGUACGGGACGUCGCAAGGCGCUUUUGAUCGGAAUUAACUACACCGGCCAGCCGAAUGCGUUGCACGGCUGCAUCAACGAUGUCACUAACAUGUCCACUUUCUUGCAUGAGCGAUUUGGAUAUCGCCGGGAGGAUAUGGUCAUCUUGACUGAUGAUCAGAAGAAUCCAAUGAGUAUACCAACUAAGCAAAACAUUCUUCGCGCCAUGCAGUGGCUCGUCAAGGACGCCCAACCUCAUGAUUCACUAUUCGUUCACUUCUCUGGGCACGGCGGCCGAACACCUGAUCUCGACGGCGACGAAGACGACGGAUUCGACGAUGUUAUCUACCCGGUCGAUUACCGCACUGUCGGCCAUAUUGUAGACGACGACAUGCAUGAUAUCAUGGUUCGGCCUCUACGACCUGGUGUGCGAUUGACAGCCAUCUUUGAUUCGUGUCACUCGGGUACUGCGUUGGAUCUGCCGUACAUUUAUUCCACUCAGGGAGUGCUUAAAGAGCCUAAUCUGGCCAAGGAAGCCGCUCAGGAUCUGUUUAGCGCGAUUUCUUCAUAUGGACAGGGUGAUCUCUCUAGUAUGGCCAACACUGCCAUCGGAUUCUUUAAGAAAGCAGCCAAUGGCGGCCAAGCGCGCCAGCGUACUUUGCAGACCAAAACAUCGCCGGCCGAUGUGGUCAUGUUCUCCGGAUCUAAAGAUACACAGACAUCGUAA